GACUGUCCUUUGACACAUGGAUUCCUAGCGUUGGUCUACUUUUCAACUGGAAAGGAUUCUUCAACCAUUUGAUUUGUUUAAUAAUGGAUCUUGUGGGAGGCAAAUUCUUCUUGAUAAGUUUGUACUUUCACCUUCUUAGAUGUUUUAUUCUCCUGACAUAAUGCUUUUGUUUGCCAUGGCUCGACAAUUACUACAGCAGCACGAAAUUGUAACUUACCAUGACGAAAGUAACAAAUGCUAUUAGCUUGCUCUUAAACCCCAGAGGGAGAAGGAUGCUGAUAAUGGUGAUAAGUUUUUUUUCCUUAUGGCAUGCUUUAGUGAGUUUGGUGUGAAAAGAGACGUCUUAAUUGUUGUCAGGUUGAUUCAUAUAGUAAGAAACAAAAUGGGAGCUCUUGACUGAUGACUAGAAAUGACCACCAUCUCAUUCUUGAUUUACUCGCUGUUCAUGGAGCUUUGAGAUGCCAGCUCCUCCUGUAUGACAUUCGGUGGGAUAUAUAUUGAUGCAAGCUCCCAAGAGGUACGAACAUUCAAAUAAGUCCCAGAAAUCAUACUAUCCUCACAAUUCCAUGCCUGUGAGAGAAGCAGAAUCUCAUUUGCUUCCCCAAAACCACCAAUCCUUAAACUAUGUUUCCUCUGAUGAUGGGUCCAAUCAAAGGAAUGUUCACCCUCAUACAAGUGGACAGUUCUGCACCCUAGAAUCCUCCUCGGCAGCUGCUGGGUAUGCUACUCACAACUCUCCAUCUUCUCUUGCUUUCUCCCCUAACAGUGGGAGCCCAUUAUCACAGCAAGAAUGCCAGUCAGACAACACCUAUGGAUCUCCAUUAAGUGUUUCAUGUAUUACUGAAGACCCAAAUGAUCUCAAACUCAAGUUGAGGGAAUUAGAGACUGCCAUGCUGGGGCCUGACUCAGAUAUAGUUGAAAGCUUUGAGAGCACCUACCCAAGUCACACCUCAUUGGAUCCGGAAAAAUGGAGACAAGUGAUGGGAAUUCCCAGAGGAGAUUUGAAACAGAUGCUCAUAGCUUGUGCAAGAGCUGUGGCUGAGAAUGAUAUUCCUGUAGUGGAAUGGCUAACUUCAGAGUUAAGGCAGAUGGUUUCAGUUUCUGGGGAGCCAAUUCAACGGGUGGGUGCCUACAUGUUGGAAGGUCUUGUUGCUAGGCUGGCAUCCACAGGGAGUUCUAUCUAUAAAGCUUUGAGGUGUAAAGAACCUACAAGCUCUGAACUCCUAUCCUACAUGCACGUCCUCUAUGAGGUCUGUCCAUAUUUCAAGUUUGGGUACAUGUCAGCAAAUGGUGCCAUUGCCGAAGCUCUUAAGGGGGAAAAUAUGGUUCAUAUUAUUGAUUUCCAGAUAGCACAGGGAAGUCAAUGGGUGACUCUGAUUCAGGCCCUUGCAGCGAGGCCUGGUGGGCCACCACAUGUAAGAAUUACUGGCAUUGAUGACUCUGUUUCAGCCUAUGCGAGAGGUGGUGGACUUCACAUUGUGGGGCAGAGAUUAUCUCGGCUUGCUCAGUCAUGCAAUGUGCCCUUUGAAUUCCAUGCAGCAGCCAUAUCAGGCAGUGAUGUAGAACUUGAGCAUCUUGGUGUUCAACCUGGGGAGGCAUUGGCUGUGAACUUUGCUUUCCAGUUGCAUCACAUGCCAGAUGAAAGUGUGAGCACAAGGAAUCACCGUGACAGGCUCUUGAGAAUGGUUAAGAGCCUGUCUCCAAAGGUGGUGGCUCUUGUGGAGCAAGAAUCCAACACAAACACUGCUCCUUUCUUUCCAAGAUUCUUGGAGACUCUAGAUUACUAUACUGCCAUCUUUGAAUCACUUGAUGUGACUCUCGCAAGGGAGAACAAGGAACGUAUCAGUGUGGAACAGCACUGCUUGGCUAGGGACAUAGUUAAUGUCAUUGCUUGUGAAGGAGCUGAAAGGGUGGAAAGACAUGAGCUUUUUGGGAAAUGGAGGUCAAGGUUUACAAUGGCUGGGUUUAAGCCAUGUCCGUUGAGUCCAUUGGUCAAUGCCACUAUUAAGACACUGUUAGAGAACUACUGUGAACACUAUAGGCUUGAGGAGAGAGAUGGUGUACUAUAUCUUGGUUGGAAGAACAGAGCAUUGGUCGUCUCUUGUGCAUGGAGAUGAACUACCGAUCUGACAAGCUGCUGAUAUAUCUAUAGUUUUCCUAAUUUGCAUUUUAGUUUAUGAGAAUCUGUAGCUCUUUCUAGAAUUUACCAACUUCUUAAUUGUAAUCUCGUAAUGUUUCCUAAUAUCAAACAUAAAUUAAGAAGAAAAGAGCUUGGGAUAUGAUUGUGUCAUCA